AUGCGAGCAGUCGACCAAUACCUGAUGAAGCCAAAAGAAGAAAUCACAAAUGCAAGAGAACAGACAGAUCAAGAUCUGAAAGCAGUAAAGGAGGAAAUUUCACAACUCAAUGAAAUGGAGGAGAAACCAUUGAUACCCAAGGAAGAAUCUCUGAGCUGCUCGAUUACUGUGAGGAAUUUGUCUCCUAAAAGGAACAACAACCAACAAGCAACAACCAAUAAUACUCUUAUUUGCCCUCAGUGUGGGAUGACCUUUACCUAUAAAUGUAAAUUUAAUGACCACAUGAGAAUUCACACUGGAGAAAAACCUUAUAGAUGUGAUCAAUGUGGAAAGAGCUACAACAGAAGUUGGGACCUAAAUGAGCACAUGAAAACCCACACUGGAGAACAGCCUAGAUGUGAUCAGUGUGAAAGAACCUUCAAUCGUAAGUCUGACCUGAACAAGCACAUGAAAGUUCACACUGGAGAAAAACCUUAUAGAUGUGAUCAGUGUGGAAAGACCUACAACAGAAGUUGGGACCUUAAUGAGCACAUAAGAACCCACAAUGGAGAACAGCCUAGAUGUGAUCAGUGUAAAAGAACCUUCAAUCGUAAGUCUGACCUGAACAAGCACAUGAAAAUUCACACUGGAGAAAAACCUUACAGAUGUGAUCAGUGUGAAAAGACCUACAACAGAAGUUGGGACUUUAAUGAGCACAUAAGAACCCACAAUGGAGAACAGCAUAGAUGUGAUCAGUGUGGAAAAACCUUCACUCGCAAGUUUUGCCUUAAUGUUCACAAGAGAAUUCACACUGGAGAAAAACCUUACAGAUGUGAUCAAUGUGGAAAAACCUUCAAGAGGAAAGUCCACCUUAUGGUUCACACAAGAUUUCAUACUAGAGAAAAGCUUUACAGAUGUGAUCAGUGUGGAAAUUGUUUUAUUUGUAAGUUUGAACUUAAUAAGCACAUGAGAAUUCACACCAAAGAAAGGCCUUAAAAAGCCCCUACUAUGCUGGUUUUCACAUUUGAAGAGUUCAGAUGCAAAACCACUAAACGCCACCUCGGUCAAAGAGUUAAUGAUAUUAACCAAAAGCUCUUGGAAUGUAUUAUACGUUCAUCAAAUACUUCUGAUAUCGCCAUUACACGCUGAAGAAGGGCGUUUAGCCCGAAACGUUCGUUGUUGGCGAUUAAAUACCUAUUUUGCAAGUGAACUGUGAGUGCUGUUCUUUUUCUUACACUAUUCGAUAUUAUUCACAUUGAGGGAUUUAGCACCCAGUUUUUGAGUUAUUCCAUUUAAUUAUCAGUAAGUGUGAGCGUGUUGUUUCAUACAAGACUAAAAAUGUAUUUAAAAUAUUUAUUUUGGUGCCACUUGUAGUAAACUUGAACCCACCUUUGUAUGAAAGAUGGGUUCAAGUUUACUACAGGUGGUAACCUAAUACAUAUUUAAAGGGACACUCUAAUUUUUUUUAUUUGCUAAUUUUCUAGCUCCCCUAGAGUUAAACAUUUGAUUCUUACCGUUUUGGAAUCCAUUCAGCCGAUCUCCGGGUCUGGCGCUACCACUUUUAGCAUAGCUUAGCACAAUUCAUUGAAUCUGAUUAGACCAUUAGCAUCACACUGAAUAAUAACCAAAGAGUUUGGAUAUUUUUUUUCUAUUUAAAACUUGCCUCUCAAGAACGGUGGAAAAUUUAAAGUUGCUAUUUCCUAGGCCGAUAUUGCUAUGAACUAUAAUCUCAUUUCGGCGUAAUAAUCAAGGACUUUGCUGCUGUAAUAUGGCUGUAGUAGGUUCAAUGAUAUUACGCAGUGCUGGAAAAUAGUCCCCUGCUUUAAAGUUACCAAGGGCACUAUUUUCAGGUGCUGUGUAAUAUCAUUAAGCCUCCUGCAGCCAUGGUCUAAUCAGAUUUAAUGAUGAGUAAUG